GGGCAAUCAAGAGAAGAGCCCGUUUCGUCGACAAAGCAGCUAAACGGCUGCCAAGCUCCUUCGGAGCGGGGAGCGCGCCGCCGCCACGCCAAGCCUAUAAUCUCGCGCUAAGAGCGGAAUUAGAAGAUUCCGAGGGAUCUAGCCACAAAGUUCCAGCGCCACAGAGGAAGAAUAUGAGAGCGCCGCAUCUAGAGGCCCAGAAAUUCCAGAAUCUACGAAGAGCAAGCUUGCAAGGAGGUCAGACAAGUACAAAAUUGGCCCCCGCUUGCUUCACGGGAUCGAGUCUGGUCGAUUAUAUGGUGUUCCGCGGGAUUCUAGGCACUUCUUAUUCCCGUUCUUGAUCAGCUGUUGAUCGGCAGAAUACUUAGGAGUGUAGAAAGAUGUACUUGCACAGCAACAAGAACUUAUUUCGUGCAAACAAGAUCCGAGCUUUGUUCAAGCUCAUACUGUGGAGCUCUCAUGAGAUUGUGCUGCAUACCGCUCCUCCUCUCCUUUGUGUACAGUAGAUCGAGGGAGCCUAUAUUGUUUGAUAAUCACAUUUGACAAGACACUUAACAUCUGCUCCAUUGAUUAGAUAUACUCUCGUGAUACUGUUAUAUAAGCAUCGUGUGCUGUUCGCUUGUUUAAUCCAUUCAAGUAGCCUGAUAUAAUGGAAGAGAGGAGAACUAUCUUGAUGGGCCGUUAUGAAAUUGGAAAGCAAUUGGGACAAGGAACUUUUGCGAAGGUGUAUUAUGCGCGAAGUCUUGCAACUGGCCAAGCGGUUGCGAUAAAGAUGAUCAACAAGAACAAGGUUAUGAAGGUUGGACUUGUGGAGCAGAUAAAGAGGGAGAUUUCAGUAAUGAGACUAGUGAAGCACCCAAAUGUCUUGCAGCUUUUUGAGGUUAUGGCUACCAAGAGCAGGAUAUAUUUUGUUCUGGAGUAUGCUAAAGGUGGUGAGCUUUUUAACAAAAUAGCAAAGGAGGGAAAGCUUAGUGAGGACGCUGCCAGGAGGUAUUUUCACCAAUUGAUCAGUGCUGUUGACUAUUGCCACAGCCGGGGUGUUUAUCACCGUGACUUGAAACCAGAAAACCUACUCCUGGAUGAGAAUGAAAACCUUAAAGUCUCAGAUUUUGGUUUGAGUGCCCUGGAUGAUUGCACAAGGCAAGAUGGUCUCCUUCACACCACAUGUGGAACUCCAGCUUAUGUUGCCCCUGAAGUUCUUAGCAGGAAAGGCUACGAUGGUACAAAAGCAGAUAUAUGGUCCAGUGGAAUAAUUCUGUUUGUGCUCGUGGCUGGUUACCUUCCUUUCCAUGAGGCAAAUCUGAUAGAGAUGUAUAGAAAGAUUUCCAAAGCAGACUUUAAAUGUCCUCGGUAUUUUUCCGCUGACCUGAAGGAUCUUUUGCAGAAAAUCCUUGAUCCAGAUCCCAGUACUAGGAUUACAAUCUCAAGGAUAAAGAGAAGUCCUUGGUAUAGAAGACCAGUUGAGCUAAAUGCAAAGAAAAAUGAGCCUGCACCAACACGCAACACAUGUUCAGCUGAAGCUGCAACAUCGGGCUCAACAGAAUGCAGCACUUCCGAGGGAAAACAAGGGUCCUUAAGCCUCCCAAACCUGAAUGCAUUUGAUAUCAUCUCUCUCUCAUCAGGGGUCAACCUAUCUGGGUUUUUUGGGGAUGCCUAUGGUCGCAGGGAAGAACGAUUCACCACUAGGCAGCCUGCAACAAUAGUACUUACGAAGUUGAAGGAAAUGGCCAAACGCUUGAAGCUAAAAGUUAAGAAGAAAGAAAAUGGGGUCUUGAAGUUAGCAGCUCCAAAGGAAGGGAAGAAGGGUUUUCUUGAGCUUGACGCUGAGAUUUUCGAGGUAGCCCCUUCCUUUCUCUUAGUUGAGUUGAAAAAGACUAAUGGAGACACUAUGGAGUACCAAAGGCUGGUGAAAGAGGAAGUAAGGCCAUCACUCAAAGAUAUUGUAUGGGUGUGGCAAGGUGAGCAGCAGCAGAAUUCAGAGCCUAUUGUACAAGGGGAUCAGCAGCAACCACCGCUGCCACCACCUGAUCAGUUGCAACCAGCAUUGCAACAGCAGGAAAUACAGGAUCAGCUGCAUCCACGUUCACCACACCAGGAGCAGCAGGAUUUGCAGGAGUCGCCAUUGCCACGGCAGAAUGGCUUGAAACAGCCAGAAUCACAUGCUUCCAGGGCUGGAUAAGAGUACCUAAUGUCUCCCCUUCGCCGUUAAUUCCAUAUAUUUUUGUCAACCUUACCUAUAGAUCUUUCUCCCCUCCUUUUUCUUCACCUGUACCUAAUUCCUCCAGAAUUGUAAAGCUUGUGUGUGUUAUGGUGAAUAUGUAGUUCAGUUUUGCAAAUCAAUAGGGGAAAAGAAACUCUUGACCCUGUUCCAAAUUUUCGGAAUAAAAUGACCAUUGACCAGCA